AAUAUCGCGCGCCCUCUUUAAGCAAAAGUUUACAACCACAAUGACCCUGCGGUAUCUACGUGAAGAUCACGAGAAAAUGCAUUUUUUUUCUUAAAAACACACCAAAGAGAAGACAAGAAACGAUCCAUAUGGUUCGAUCAAUAUGUUCAGACUGGAAAUAUUUGCUGAUUGUCGAGAUGGAUCAAACAGCUUUUGUACCGCACCUGGGACAUGUCAUUAAAUAUGAGCUUUCUGGCCAUUCCCAACCUAACAGGGACAGCGAUAAAUCUUUAUUCAGCGAUGACUCCAUAUUCAGCGGCAGCGACGCACAGGCCAUUCAACUUCAAGCGGUGUCUUUUGGAUUUUCUUCAGAGAGGAGGAGUUUCGAGGAGGAGACUCGAAGCAAAACUUGUGUUCUUCAGAACGCUGAUGGCAGAAUCGUGUCAGUGAAGUGCCUCAGAGAAAGCCAUACGGGUGUCAUUCUUCCGUGCACGAUCAUCCAGAGUAAGACCUUACAUGAAGAUUAUGUUUGUUCAGUCUUCUUCUACGUGCCUUCCAGUAACAAGCUCUGCCUUUACGGAGAGUUCUCCACCAAAUUUGCACUGCCAAGGAAUAGCGUUUACUUAGCUGAUGGUCCGGUUAUAUGCUGGAGGGUGGUUGAAAGGAAUGAGUUCCUUAUCGCCAGGACAGAGGUCGGGAGCCUAAGUUUUACAGUGCAUCGGUUCAUCGAUGUGAACGAUGCUAAGGAUAGCAGCAUCAUGCAUUGCUCGGCGAAUCCUGACGGCAGUUUACACCUCAUCACUGCCCCUCAGAUUGAAGUUGAUGGUGGCAGCGAAGAAAGGAUAUGGAAAAGAGCAAUAUGGCAGUCGGAGAAGAGUUUUCAUUUCACAAACUCCAGCUGUCUUGUGCCGGGGGUGUAUGCUUCCAUCACGUGUUGCAUGCUUUACGAGGAAGGGAAUACAUCGAGCGGGGAAUCUGAGAAUGUUGGAGAUUACAACCCAUCUCUACAAUGCUCAUCGCCCUCGAUGAACACAACUUACAUUGCCACUUCCAUGAAGCAGCUCUUGAAGUUCCAGAACGGUGUGUUCUGCAAACUCACCAACAUCCCUUUCGAUGAUGCGAUGGACAUCGUUACCAUGGAAACGAGAGGAGAGAAGGUGCUUGUUCUAAGGUCAAGGAGAAGUGGAAUCUGUGUUAUCAGUUGUACAUUUUUUAAGGUCAUAGAGGAAUGGAAGAAUGUCAUGUGUGUCUGUAUUGAUGAUAUCCUUGCAAAUGGCCGAGACCAGCUCCUUAUGCUCCUGCAUGCCAAUGAGGGCUCUCCUGAAGAGCAGCCGUUCCCUCAGUUCAUCCUCACCGACCUUGAUCUAUGCCACAUUAUGAGAUGUGACCCAGCACUGCAUGAUGGGAAAGGUCAGAGGUCGGGUGACAGGAAGUCUGCAUCCAGCCCAGAGAGCCUUAUUACAGCCAUGAAAGCUUUAGAAGCCAAGGUGGAGAUUGGAAUAACAUCAUUGAAGGAGCAGGAACUAAGCAGAAGGCUCAAGGAUUCUAUCAUCACACAAUCGAUGGUGAACCUGGCUCAGAUGGCACAUGGUGUAUCUAUCUCAUCGCCGGGACAGGCAACUCUAGUCCACCUCUGUGGGGCAGUCGCCAGCCAGCCAUCGCAAUGUCCGGAGCCCAGGAGAGAUACAGGUCAAAGGUUAAAUGUCACCAAUGGAUGGCAUAGAAUCGUCAAUGGAAAGUGGGUCAUUGGAGUCAAGGUCACAAACGAUACCCCAUGGGCUGUGUCAGAUGUCAAGUUGCUAGUAUUGCCAUGGAAGACUGAUUUGUUUCAAGAACUUGACGGAUGUGAGGGAAGUAUUUAUCAUCCAGUAUCCCACAUUACCUCUGAGGAUUGUCCAGAAACAGAGUUCCAAGAAUCCAGUUCUGGUCCACCAAGUAAAAGGACAAAGCUUCAAGAUGUGGCGGGACCAUCCGCUAAGGACCAUGGAACAACAUCAUCAUCCUCAUCAUCAUCAAGAGAUUCAUCAUCUCCUGCAUCGCCUCUGAUGCCAGGAAAUGAAUGUGAUGCUGUUGCUAUGACGUCCAUACCAACGUUCCUUGAAGGUUCUGUGGUCUUUCGAUUGUUGAUCCUACAGUGGAUGAGUCUCCGUCCAGGAGAGCGGAUUGGAUCGGACAGACCAAGGGUGAUGUCAAGGAUCUGUGGGCGUGUCAGCGUUACUGCAGCUGACGUCCUGGGAACCAAACUGGCUGUGAAGUUACCAGAAGUCGAUCCCACACCGGCGAAGCCACUUCCACUUCACCAAAACCAGACUAAAAGGUCAGUGCUAUCAAGAACAGACAGACUAGCCAUGGAUGCAUCGCAACUUUCCAUCGCUGUCCGGGUCAGCUCUCGGUACACCCCUCUCCAGAACCUCCCCAGGGUGCUGUCCAAGGAUCUGGGUUUCCAGGAGAUGAGAGGAGAGAACAACUGUCUGUGUAACUGCACCAGUGUGGUAUUGAGAGGUACGAGGGUCUAUGUGGACGAUAUCAGAAACCAUAGUGUCCUGCUAACAGUUUGUGCAAGAGACAAGAGAGAGCUGAUGCUAUUCUUCCACACCUUGAAAUCAAGUCUUCCUGUCGAUAUACAAUUCAACUUGGACACCCCUAGUGAACAAAUAGAAGAGGCCAUUCAAAAUGGCAUCAGAAGCAUGAACAAAGAGCUUCAGCAUGUGCAAAAGACAAUUGACCUGGCCUGUUCCACUAUUGAUGCAGGGGUGAAUCAUACAGAGAGGAACACGGAGGGAAGCGAGGUUGAUAAAAUGGAAAUUGGUGGAGGUGGAGGAGACGGUUACAGUGGGGAGCAGGAAAGAGUCAAGAGAUUGCGAGAGGAUUUCCUGACACAGCAGGCAUACACCAAGUCCAAGGAUUGUGAACUGAAAGGCGAAGAGGCAGAGUCUCUUCGCUUCAAACUCUUAGAACUCAGAGAGACUACUGAUGCUGCUGUCACGACACUAAGUAGAUGCAUCAGAUAGAAGUAAAGUCAAACCUAUAUAUAAAGACCAUCCAAGUGACACAAAAAAAUAGUCUUCAUAAAGAGGUGGUCUGUGUGGACAUGUUCCUUCAAUACAUGUUUCAAUGGGGAAUAGUAUUGAAGGGAAACCCAACUUUAUAGGGUUUCAUGAUAUUUGCUCAGGUGACAAUUGCUCAGGUGUAAAUUCCACACACUAAUGGUAUGACCAACUUUAACCAUGGAUUUAACACUUUACCCUAUCAUAAACCUAUCUCUAAAUUAACCUAACGUAAACCCCUAUUGUAACCCUAAUCCAAACCCUAUAUCUUAGAUGAAGUAAAGCCCAUGCAGAGCAUUUGUCGCCGGAGCAAAUGUUGUGUCACCCUUCAUAGGUAAGUGGUCCUUCUAUACAGGUGAUCUCCCAUGCAGGUUUGACUGUAAAUGUUUCAAUGGGGAAUUCUAUUCAUGGGAAAACAAAGAUAGGUAGAUGCAAGUGGGCAUUAAAGUUGGUUUUACAGUAUGUUUCCUGUUUGAUGACCUUCAUGGACAGGUGCUUGUAGUUCAGGGUUCAAUGGGGAACUUUAGUUAAUUGAAACCCAACUUGUGAUCUUUUCAGAUGGUUGUUUCUUCUGCACAGGUUGUCACAUGACUAUAAAAGCAUGUUUGGAUGAUGAUUUCAUACUGAAAAUCAAGGAGAUAUUAAAAGAUCAUUGAUGGUAUCUGGAGCAUUUAUCUAAUAAAGCAGCUGUUAACUACAAUUACAAUUUCACCCAAGCUGUUCUUAUUGCCUAUCAAUGCCAAGCUAUUAAAAGUGACCUUGAUGUAUAUCACAAAAAUCCAUUAUAGCCGCUCCACUGCUCUCCUGUCCUGGUGAGUUACUAACAUUCAGUCUUCAAGAUACGUCACUUGCGGGUUGGACCCGACGAUCUCCGAACCAAGCGGAGGGAUGAGAACAGAGAGAGAGAGAUGUAACAUAGGCAGAACGGAAUGAGAAAGAGACGAUAACUGUGUACUUCUAGUGCAGUAUUUGUUUCCUAGUUUAAUUUUCUUUGUUAUCCCCUUGGAUCGCCCAUCCUGCGGUGACAUGACAUUUGCUCCUGCGACACUUGCUCCGGGCUUUAUUUCUUUUAAGAUUUAGGGUUAGGGUUGGAAUAGGGUUGCAUGUAAGGUUUAGGAUAGGGAUAGCGUAAAAUCCAGGGUUGAAGUUGGUCAUUCCAUUAAUGCGUGGAAUUUACAGCGGAGCAAUCGUCGCCGGAGCAAAUGUCAUGGAACCCAUCCUGCAGCAUACUCAUGCUGGUAGUGCUAGGCCCCGUGUUACAUAAAGUUGCGAUUGAUCCAAUCAACCACAACUAUGGAAAGCCAGCAAUGUCAACAUCUAACCUGCAUGUUUAUUCAAAUUAUAUUCUAGAUAUGAUAUAUAUAUAUUCAUACAUUCUUCGUUUUUUGUUGUUGAUGACAAUUCAGUGUGCUUUUCUUUGUUCAAGAAGUACAUUGUGCAAAUUUUCUGAAGAAAAAUUAUGGCAUUGAUGGAUUUCCAUAUACUAGUAGCUUACAUUGAUUUGAUCAAUCGUAGUUCUUUAUAAGACAUGGCUCUGUUCUUCUAUUCCAUCACCAUACUGGAUGUCUUGAGAUUAUGUUUGAGAUAUCAUCUGUAUGGUGGCUCUGAAUUACGGUCGAUCAAGCAUGACUCAUGACUUCAGUCCAAUUUUUUCGUUGCAAACUUUGUAAAGAAAGUUGCGAACUUCAUGACUGAAAUUGCAAAGUUUGCAACGAAAAUCAUGAACUUCAAAUUUGAAGUUGUGUGUGUUCGUCUUCAAUUCAGAGCCACCAUAGAUCUGAAUUUUGCAGUUGCCCGUUAUGUUUUUUUUUUUAGGUAUUACAAGAAAGAAAGGGGGCAAGUUUUGGAAGGAAUUCUGCAUCAUGAAAUUCUAUAAAUGCCACGUUAAGUCCCCCUUGCACUGCCAAUCUUAAUAACUUGAUGCCCCCCGAAACAUUUUCCACCUUUAAAGUGCCUUGGUGUCUUAUGACAAGAAAGAUGAUAAUAAUAAUCAAAUAUGCAUGUUGCAUUGAUGAGUUGCUGAUUAUCUCGUUGCCUAUUCAAUGGCACACUACAUGUAUAUCACCCUGGCUUUAGGUCCAGCUGCUAAAGUUGCUUGGUGCAUUCAAGGAAUUAAUCCUGCUGGGUAGCCAUUCAACUCACUUGGGUUGGGUGCAGCAAAAUGUGGAUCAAUUUCUUGAUGAAAGAACUAUUAUGAUCAACCAAAACCCUUCUAUGUUGGUUAGAAAUCAUGUCCAGCUGUGUAUUUUCGUGUCAUAAAAAUAAUAUAUGUGAUCUAUAUGUGGUCUGCAGUUUUGAUUUCAUAAUAUAUUGUACCUUAUAAUUAAAUUGCAAACAAGCAGACAAA